GCUCCAGCAGCAGCAGUUUCUGUGGAGAGGAAUAUCCAUUGUCAUUGUAACAGGUUCGGAGUGAGGAUUUCCCUGCUCUCCCGAUCCCCCUUUACAGGCAGAUCGUCUUCCGAGUCUUUAUUCUGGGGUGGGUAGGGAUUUGACUGAGGUGCCGCUGGGCACUUAUUGGGCAGCUCUAUCUUCCUGCUGGAGCUAAUAAUGCGAGCGCUGGGGAAUCCAAGUUGCUGCCUCAUAAGCUGCUGGCUGCCUGUGCGCUUCUAGGAGGGAGCCCCGCCACGGACACCAGUAGCAGCAGCAGCAGCAGCGGCAAAAGCGCUAGACUCGCGGCAGGCGAGGAGAUUAUGGACUAAGCGCAUCGGCGCCAGAAUGGAGUUUAUAUUGGGCAUAUUCUGCGUUCUUUUCUGCCUCAGAGCAGGUGCAGGCUUUGGAGUGGACCCUUCCCUGCAGAUAGACAUCUUUGAGGACCUCCAACUGGGAGAGGCCACCCCUGGAGUGCAGCAAGUUCAAGGAUUUCACAACCGGAGCAAAGCCUUCCUUUUCCAAGAUACAUCCAGAAGCAUAAAAGCCUCAACAGAAAAUGCAGAAAGAAUUUUCCAGAAGCUGAGAAAUAAACAUGAAUUCACAAUUUUGGUGACUUUAAAACAGGCCAUGUUAAAUUCAGGCGUUAUUCUUUCUAUCCACCACUCAGAUCACAGAUAUUUGGAGCUGGAAAGCAGUGGGCAUAGAAAUGAAGUCAGAUUACAUUACCGCUCAGGAAGCCACCGGUCCCAAACGGAAGUUUUCCCUUACAUUUUGGCAGAUGAUAAAUGGCAUCGAUUUUCAAUAGCAAUCAGUGCAUCACAUCUGGUUUUGCACAUUGACUGUAACAAGAUCUAUGAAAGAAUUGUGGAAAAAACCUUUAUGGAUGUACCACCAGGGACAGCUUUAUGGGUGGGACAAAGGAAUAAUGUGCAUGGCUAUUUUAAGGGUAUAAUGCAAGAUCUUCAAAUCGUUGUCAUGCCACAAGGGUUUAUCUCUCAGUGCCCUGAUCUUAACCGCACAUGCCCUACAUGUAAUGACUUCCAUGGGCUUGUGCAGAAAAUUAUGGAGCUGCAAGACAUAUUAGCCAAGACUUCUGCAAAGCUGUCAAGAGCUGAGCAGAGGAUGAAUAGGUUGGAUCAAUGCUAUUGUGAGAGGUCCUGCACAGUAAAGGGCAACAUCUACAGAGAGUUGGAAUCUUGGAUGGAUGGAUGCAAAAAAUGUACAUGCACGAAUGGAACUGCUCAGUGCGAAACCCUUACCUGCUCUGCGCCCAAUUGUUUGAGUGGUUUUUCUCCUGCAUAUGUUCCUGGCAAAUGCUGCAAAGAAUGUCAGACUGUCUGCGUGUAUCAAGGCCAAAUGUAUUUUGAAGAAGAAAGAGAAGCUGUCUACUCUAGCUCAGGACAAUGUGUACUGUUUCAGUGCAAGGAUAAUACAAUGCGGCGUAUUGAAUCACCAGAAUGUUUGCCCCUGAACUGUCCCCAAUCUCAGCAUAUCACUUUGAGGAACAGUUGUUGCAAAGUUUGCAAAGGACAUGACUUCUGUUCAGAAGGACACAACUGCAUGGGAUAUUCCAUCUGUAAGAACCUAGAUGACAAAGCAGUUUGCAUUUGUCGUGAUGGCUUUCGGGCUCUUCGAGAAGAUAAUGCUUACUGUGAAGAUAUCGAUGAGUGUACUGAAGGCCGUCAUUACUGUCGGGAAAAUACCGUGUGUGUGAAUACUCCAGGCUCCUUCAUGUGCGUCUGUCAAACUGGCUAUUUGAAAAUUGAUGAUUACUCUUGCACAGAGCAUAACGAGUGUGCAACCAACCAACAUAGCUGUGAUGAAAAUGCAAUGUGUUUUAACACAGUGGGAGGGCACAACUGUGUGUGCCAGCCUGGAUAUACAGGAAAUGGCACUGACUGCAAGGCUUUCUGUAAGGAUGGCUGCAGAAAUGGAGGUACCUGCAUAGCUCCUAAUAUUUGUGCAUGCCCACAAGGCUUUACAGGACCCAGCUGUGAGUCAGACAUUGAUGAAUGCACUGAAGGUUUUGUUCAAUGUGACAGCCGUGCUAACUGCAUUAACCUACCCGGCUGGUACCACUGUGAAUGUAGAGACGGCUACCAUGACAAUGGAAUGUUUUCCUUAGGUGGAGAGUCCUGCGAAGACAUUGAUGAAUGUGCUACAGGAAGGCACAGCUGCAGUAAUGACACCGUGUGCUUCAAUUUGGAUGGUGGAUUUGAUUGUCGCUGUCCACAUGGAAAAAACUGUUCUGGUGACUGCACACAUGAAGGAAAGAUUAAGCACAAUGGCCAGAUUUGGGUGCUAGAAAAUGAUCGCUGCUCUGUUUGCUCAUGUCAGGUUGGGUUAGUAAUGUGUCGCCGUAUGGUUUGUGACUGUGAGAAUCCAACUGUUGACCUUUUUUGCUGCCCUGAAUGUGACCCAAGGCUAAGUAGCCAAUGUUUGCACCAAAGUGGAGAGCUGACAUAUAAAAGCGGAGACACAUGGGUACAAAAUUGCCAGCAGUGCCGUUGCUUACAAGGAGAAGUUGAUUGCUGGCCCUUGCCAUGCCCAGCAAUUGAUUGUGAAUUUAGCGUGGUUCCAGAAAGUGAAUGCUGCCCACGUUGCGUCAGUGACCCAUGCCAAGCAGAUAUUAUACGCAAUGACAUCACAAAGACUUGUGUAGAUGAAACAAAUGUGGUUCGGUUUACAGGCUCCUCCUGGAUAAAACAUGGCACGGAGUGCACCCUCUGUCAGUGCAAGAAUGGCCAUAUGUGUUGUUCUGUGGACCCUCAGUGCCUUCAGGAGCUGUGAAAAGAACUGAUGACUUUGGUCUCCAGAAAAAAUACAAAGAAGCAAAUACAAAUAAAGAAUGUUAUUCAUCCUCAAAGACCUUACACCAAAAAUGCACAUAAUUUUAAAAUAGUAUUAAAACAAUAUUGCUUAAUAUAACCAUUUGCAGAAUAAAAUUAUGGAGGAGAAAAAACAAAUGGCUACUGAACACCUUAUAACUGCACUACAUUUUUGUCAGCUUGAGGCCAGAUAUGUUGUGUAUGCAGACGGAACUCAACCAGAAAUUUGAAAACAACAAACUAAGUAAUGUCCUGAAAAGUUCAGUAGGUCUCAAUGAUUACAACAGAUUUUUUUUAAUUCUAGUUUUCCAAAUGGUUGAAUUCCACCAAAAAACAAGGAAGCUGACUCAUAAUGACACAUGCACACACCCACGCUGAAAAAUGACCUAUAUAGCUUUGAGAGAUGCAUUUGUUUGAUCCUUGUUAAAAUGAAUCUGUUAUAUUUCUCACUAUUUAAUACCUGCACAUUUUCUGGGUUGUCACUGAUUUUUGGCUGAAAUAUUUUAUUACAUAUUGUAGAAAGUGUUUUUGAAAAAAAAAAAUCUAUUGGUAUAAAUGUGAUAAAAGCACCUCUUAUUCUUUUGAAACCAAUUGAGUUAUUCCUGUAUUGGCAUGGUAUAAAAGGUGUGCUCAUUGGGGAAGUCCAUCAUUUAUGUUUUAUUUUCUUGCACUUAUUAUUUUUGAACCUGUUUAGUACAAUUGUGUUCUUGUGAAGAUUUAAAUAAAUGUUUCUCUUACAAACAGUUUUGACAUGUCAGUUUUAAAGAAAUGUGUUAUGCACUACAGGAUGUAAUGUUCUGUGUAAUACCAGAUGGUCUGGUCUGGUUCCUCAGAUAUAUUACAGGAAACCAUGAUAUAUUAUUUUAGAAGCAAUCACAAGAUUUUUUUGUUUUGGUAGUCCUGAAAAAUGAUAAUGGAUCACAUACCUGUACUGGAUUCCAGACCAUAGGGGAAUAUUUAUAAAGGUGUCUGAUAAAGUGAUUCAUACAAAAAAAGUAUCAAACAUGGUAUAAAAUGGCAUAUUUAUAAAGUUUGUUCAUUACACUUUAGUAAACUUUAGUAAACCAUUUAUCAUAGUCACAUAAUCCAACCAUUUUAAGGAGCUAAUCAGAGGCAAAACUACUACAGGAAACUAUGUACAGUCAUCUUUUUCUUCUCAUUAUCAAAGUAAAACAAUCUCAGUUUUAUGGGUAUGGAGAAUAUUCAUUAUUAAUAGAUUUUUCUUUUGUUAAAGAUGGUUUACAAAUCAUAUUUAAUCAUAUGUAAUAGUAAUCUGGAAAAUAUUUUGUACCAAUUAAGCAAGUCUGCCAUGAACUUGCUUUUAAAUCGAUUUUUGGGAAACUACCCAAUCCAUCAGAAUAUUUUAAACAGCCAAAAGGCUUUGAUAAAUGUGCCAGCUCAUUCAAACACUUUCCAGCCUGUCAGGGAAAAUGUCCUGACAGUCAGGAAAGUACUUAUAAAUGUAAUGAAAUUUGAACUGCUGGGAAUUCAAUUGAAUUUUUUAGUUUACCUUUUCAAAAAUCUAUCUAAACAAUUUUGAAGAAGUUUUUGUUCCAAUAUUUCUGAAAAUCAAUAAAAGCUAACAACCUUUA